UCGUGGAUGCGAAAACUUUGAGGGUGAGAGUUCGUUUAUAAUUCACCAAUUUACUCAGGUUACUUUUACUAACCGUCCCCCGCUUUUUUCUGUAUGCCACCCCCCCCUCCUUUUGGUAACCAGCCUAUGCUGCAAGUGAAGAACGCGCAUGGAUUCGCUAUCACAAGUUUGACCUUUAGCCCUUCAGGCAAAUAUUUGGCUAGUGCAGGAGCUGAUACAAGAUGCAGGAUCAUGGUGCUUCCUGGUCAUCUGAAGGCUUCUUUUGGUACUGUUUUUCGGCUUUGAUAUACGCUAUCCUAAGCGUUCUUUUACUAGCGUUGUUGAUGCACAUUGCUCCACAAGUCAAGUUUUAAAAAAAGAAAAUGCCGACGCACGGCCCGCACGAUCACAGUGUUCCCAUGUUUGAUAGAGUGGCUAGGAGUAGUAGUAAUAGUAGUGUAGUGCUUAUCAUCCAUUCAACAUUUCUCAUAUGGCAUUAUACUCUAUAAUGAUGCAAUCCAUUAACGUCGUCAUCAUCGCUGUUCAUUGCAGCCAUUCUAUCACUCUAUAGUAGUAGUAGUAUGAUCACCAGACAAACCCUUGUUGUGUUGUAUUUUUUUUUGUAUAAAAUACUGCUCAAUUGAGCACCUAUACCAUAGAAUCAUGCUAUUUUUAAAAUUAAAGAACAUGUAAGGGUCUCGCAAA